AUGUCAGUAGAUACGCAGGAUAUAGUGUCGAGAAUAUCGCUAGAAAAUGGAGAUUCAUCUAUAUCCCGAGUUGCGGCGGCGGCAGGAAGCUCCAGGCUCGCUUGCCCAAUUUGCAACGAAGAGAUGCUUACCUUGCUGCAACUGAAUAGACACCUUGAUGAUACACAUGCGAAUCUCGAGGGUGAUCGGCAAGUUGAAGUGAAGGACUGGUUUCAGAUCCAAGUAGAAAAGGCGAAACGAUUCCAACCACUAGCUGUGCUGAAUCAGAAGCUAAAGGGCCUCGAUGUAUUUGAAUCAAACUACAACGCAGCGGUAUCUGUUUCGGCCCCCACCCGAAUCUCGUCAGGUCAGACAGGACCGGAGCUACCAAGGAUACUGGACCCAGACGAAGUGGUCACAAGAGAGCAUUGGCAAGGGCGUGGCAUGUAUGAUGUAUGUUUGGAGCCAAUGUGCCAGAAGCGACUUACGGUCAGUAGUGGCAGCGUCAACUGCCGCAAGUGCGGGAAGCUGUUUUGCGAAGAGCAUACUAUGUAUCAAAUGAAGCUGUCUCGGUCUGCUCAACAUGAACCAGUUCGCGGAUUCUGGUGCAGGGUAUGUGAGACUUGCUACAAGUCAAGGGAAGGGUAUAAUAACCGUAAUGGCCAGGAACGCGACCACACUGCGGAAUUUGCUGAGCUACGGAGGCAAAAAGUGGACAAGGCAUUUUUGGAAGUCUCACGGCUGGAAAAACGGCUUACUCGGCUCACUCAGCUACUCUCUACUCUUCCCGCAGACCAGAUUCAAUCAGGGGCCAAUAAGCGAUGGUCUAUAACAUGGCAAAAUGACCACAGGAAAACGCUUGAACAAUCCGUUACAUCAUUGUCGAACAUGUGGGAGAGUGGUCUGUGGCGAUCCAGUAACAGGAUGCUCUUCCGAAGUUUGCUUAGAAAUCUCUCCAACCGAAGGGAUGUCGCGCAAGACCUCCUCAAAGAACCUCCGGAUCUUAGGGCGUAUAAGAAUCUUGUACAGUUCGAAAAAGGCAUUCGAUUGUUAUUACCAAGAUUCCAGAAAUUACUGUCCGCAUUACAAGACCCGGAAAAAGCACCUUCCCCCACCCAGCUUACUGAGGCUUCCAAAGUUCGUAAGCGUUUGAUGGAUUCUUUCGCUCAGUAUGACAUUGCCGCCAGACGAAUCCGCGACCUCCCCACACAAUCUCCAACACAAGCCAAACUUCAAAAAGCCAUAUACCAUCAAGCCACUAAUUUCCUGCAUCUUCACAUGCUCCCCUUAAAAUCGCUCCCCAAAGUCCUAAAACAUGCCACUCCCCAUGGUAGCAGACUUCCACCAAAUGCCAACAUCGGAGUAGCGAACGGCGGCACCAGUGCUCUUGCCGCUAUAAAAUACGGCAACGGGGAGAGCGCAAACAGCACCGCCAGUCUAGCUAGUGACAAUAGCAGCGCAAUCUCCGCGCUUGAAACGGAAGAAAAAUCCCUUCGUGAACGUCUCAUCGUGCUUGAGGAGCAGAAAUUCUUCGUAACUGAGAUGAUCGCUGAUGCGAACCGCAGGCGCAAAUACGACGAGGCUAGUAGUCUUGUUCAAAAUGCUGAGGAUCUUAGCAAAGAGAUCGAUCGUAUUAAUGGAAUGAUUGGACAAUUGGAUUUUGAAGGACUUUAUUCCGACCAAACUGCAUAA